CAGGGCUCCCCCUCCCACCCUGCGCGCCCCUCCCUUGCACUCCCCUCCCCUCCUCUCUCCCUGGCCGCCGAGGGGCCGGGCCGGGCCGGGGGAGGCGCCGAGCCGGGACUGCGCGCUCGCCCGCUGCGCUCUGGGCGGCCCGACCCAGCAGCCGGUCCUCGAGCCCCGCGCGCCCUGCGCCGCCUCCGGCUUUUGUUGUCUCCGCCGCCGUCUGCGACUGCGAGCCGCGUGUCGGGACCUUGGCUCUGCCCUUCGCGGGCUAGGGCUGCGCGGGCCCCACCGGAUCCGAGAGAGGCGCGGCAGGCGACUGGGGUCGCCGCGGCCCCACCAUGGAGCUCCGGGCCGGAGGCUGGUGGCUGCUGUGCGCGGCCGCCGCGCUGGCCUCCUGCGCCCGCGGGGACCCUGCCAGCAAGAGCCGAAGCUGCAGCGAAGUCCGCCAGAUCUACGGUGCCAAGGGCUUCAGCUUGAGUGAUGUGCCCCAGGCGGAGAUCUCGGGUGAGCACCUGCGGAUCUGCUCCCAGGGCUACACCUGCUGCACCAGCGAGAUGGAGGAGAACCUGGCCAACCGCAGCCGUGCUGAGCUGGAGACUGCGCUCCUGGACAGCAGCCGCACCCUGCAGGCCACACUGGCAGCUCAGCUGCGCAGCUUCGACGAUCACUUCCAGCAUCUGCUGAACGACUCGGAGCGGGCGCUGCAGGACACCUUCCCCAGUGCCUUCGGGGAGCUGUACACACAGAACGCCAAGGCCUUUCGGGACCUAUACACGGAGCUGCGCCUCUACUACCGCGGGGCCAACCUGCACCUGGAGGAUGCGCUGGCUGAGUUCUGGGCCCGCCUGCUUGAGCGCCUCUUCAGGCAACUGCACCCUCAACUGCUGCUGCCUGACGACUACCUGGACUGCCUGGGCAAGCAGGCCGAGCCCCUGCGGCCCUUUGGGGAUGCCCCUCGCGAGCUGCGCCUAAGGGCCACCCGUGCCUUCGUAGCCACACGCUCCUUCGUGCAGGGCCUGGGCGUGGCUGGCGAUGUGGUCCGGAAGGUGGCCCAGGUGCCCUUGGGCCCUGAGUGCUCGAGGGCCGUCAUGAAGCUACUGUACUGCGCACCCUGCCUGGGGGUCCCCGGUGCCCGGCCCUGCCCCGACUACUGCCGCAACGUACUCAAGGGCUGCCUGGCCAACCAGGCCGACCUGGAUGCCGAGUGGAGGAACCUUCUGGACUCCAUGGUGCUCAUCACCGACAAGUUCUGGGGCCCGGCGGGCGCAGAGAACGUCAUCGGCAGCGUGCAUUUGUGGCUGGCGGAGGCCAUCAACGCCCUCCAGGACAACAGAGACACGCUCACGGCCAAGGUCAUCCAGGGCUGCGGGAACCCCAAGGUGAACCCUCACAGCCCAGGGUCUGAGGAGAAGCGGCCACGGGGCAAGCUGGCACUGCAGGAGAAGCCACCUGCGGGCGUGUUGGAGAAGCUGGUCUCUGAAGCCAAAGCCCAGCUCCGCGACGCCCAGGACUUCUGGAUCAGCCUCCCAGGGACACUGUGCAGUGAGAAGAUGGCCAUGAGUGCCUCCAGUGACGACCGCUGCUGGAACGGGAUGGCCAAGGGCCGGUAUCUCCCCGAGGUGAUGGGUGACGGCCUGGCCAACCAGAUCAACAACCCCGAGGUGGAGGUGGACAUCACCAAGCCCGACAUGACCAUCCGCCAGCAGAUCAUGCAGCUGAAGAUCAUGACCAACCGGCUGCGCAGCGCCUACAAUGGCGAGGACGCAGACUUCCAGGACGCCAGUGACGACGGCAGCAGCAGCUCAGGUAGUGGGGACGGCUGCCCCGAAGACAUCUGCGGCCGGAGGGUCAACAAGAAGAGCUCCAGCUCACGGACAACCCUGACGCACGCCCUCCCCGGCCUGUCGGAGCGGGAGGGCCAGAAGACCUCAGCCACAGGCUGCCCCCAGCCCUGCAUGGCCCUCCUGGUCCUCCUCCUCACCCUGCUUCUCUCAGCGGCCAGGCCCCGGUGGCGGUAACUGCUCCCAGCCCCAGGGACUGAGGCCAAGGACUAACUUUGCCAAAACACGAACAGACAAUAUUUAAUUCCCCUCGUCCUAGAGGCCCAGGGCAGGACAGAGAGGGACAGCGAGGGACUGCUGUCUGUGACGCACUGGGGGCAGGGCGAGUGGCGCUGACCCCACAGGCCUGGUUUUGCCAUCACCCUGGCUCUUAAUUUUGUGUGAGGUCCUCAGGUCAGCUGGGAACAAUGUCCCCAAAAGCCAUGUAUUUCAGGGACCUUCCAUGGGCCCAGGAUCUGAGCUUGCCCCUGUUCACGCAGGCCUGGGGGCCCUCCCUCCUGGGCCCCUGUCUGCCCACAAGCCUCUCCCCAGCUCCCUGCACCAUCACCGACCAGUGCCAGGGGCCUGUGGGGAGGCACCCUGAGCCUGUGCCUUCCUCUUCUGCCUCCUUCCAUGACAACUAGGGGCUCCAGAUAUCAGAAAGUGGGACCCACCCCUCAGUGCCCCAAGAAUCCCCGAGAGGACGUCAGGGCUCUGUCACCUGAGACCUUGAGGGCCUUUGAGAUUAUGCACGAACCCUUCAUAUGCAGCCAGGCCUCCACCCUGUGAUGCCAUAGGCCCCCCAGAACCCUGAGUCAGGUGAGAGCCUGUCUGGCGAGGUGCUGCCGGUCCCUGCAGACCUCCUUGCUGAAGACCAGCUUCGGGGGCCUCCGAUGUGCCAUGAGCAGCAGCCGGCACAGCCAUGUAUCCUGGGCUCUGCUCUCAGUUGUCUGUGGGUGGGCUUGCUGCUCCUGGCCAUCCAGGAAGAGCAAGCUGGGGCCCUCCGCCAAGGUGAGCCUCCCCUUCACACAUGGGCUGGGUCCACGGCCUGCAUAAGGACUUUAAGAUGUGGGAGGAGCAACCUGGCCACUAUCCUCCCUCCUGUCCCCACCCAGGGCCAGGGUUAGGGCCAGGGGCCAGCUCAGGGUAACAUAGGCCAGGGCUGGAGGCAACCCAUGGCCAUCACCUGGCCACAGGGAUGCUGAGUGGCAGGUGAAACUUCAGCUCAGGGCCAGUGAGCCCUGGCACUGCAGGGAGCCUGGGGGAGCUUUGACAGUUAAGGGCUUUUCCAGAUGUGCAGACAUGUACAGAUGCUUCUCAUCCAUGUUCACUGGGAGCUUUCUCAGCUCCUCCCAAAUAGCUUUUGAAAUAUGACCUCCUGAGGGCCCAGGAUCUGGGCAUACCCCCUGUUCAUACAGGCCUGGGGGCCCUCCUUCCUGGGUCCCAGCUGCUGCCAGCCCUGGGGAGGAGGCUGGCACCCUACCAGAGAGGGGCUCAGGCAAGGAGAAGGUGGGCCCAGAGGGCCCGGGGGAUGCGGAGCCAGCAUGGGCAGGGACAGCCAUCCUGGCCAGUGCCAGGGUCCCGAGCAGGCUGCUUAUAGCACCGCUUUGCUUUCCCUUGAGGGGUUGGGGAGGCCACUGGCUGCUGGUCAGGGCCCUUGGCACCGUUCUCGGUGUGUUGGGUCCAGGCCUCCAGAUGAGCUCCACCAGGUAGCCCAGUCCCACAGGCACGCUCACCCCAUGCUAACCCUGAAGUGUUGGGGUGGGGACUGGGCCCAGGGCCUCCUUCCCUGUGGGCAAGGGCCAGCCGGACUCGAGGAUUUGGGCGGUGACUGUGGUGUGCCAGGAUGGUGCCCUUGUGCUGCAUGGGAUGGCCCAAUGGGGCCUUGUGCUGUCCUCACCUCACAUGGGUCUCUGGAAGGGCUGGCCAGGCCUGCUGUGUCCUGCCGUGUGGUGUCAGCUGGUGACAUAUGUUCUUGUGUCCUUGUAUGAAUAAAAGGCUGGAGACCUUG